AUAGACACCCACAACCGUCUCAUCGCCGACAUCCUCACCCGCUACCGCACCCUCAUGAUGCUCGCCACCGUCCAGGCCGAGCAGGACCGCAACAACGCCAACCCCGAAGCCAUGGCCGUCACCGGCAUAUCCAUCAAGAUGGAAUUCGAUGGCUUAUACACCUCCAUCAAGGAAUUCCUCACCCUCUCCCGCAAAAUCAAGGAACUCUGGAUCUUCGGCCCCCUCGGCACCGAAGACCAGAACCGAAAGGCCAAAGAGGAGCAGCUCGACCAGGACGUCAACCGAGUGUCUGAACUUCUUAACCAGAUGGAAGCCUCCAAGAUGAAGAACCUGGCCGAGAGCAACGGCGGCACGUGGCAGCCGCUUGUGCGGGAAGAAAUGGAGGGUAUGAUUGCGGCGGCUACUUCUGCUGCGGCCGCUACAUCCACAGCACCCGCUGCUACGGCUGGU